CGCUGCUAUGAUCUACGUGACCUCGGCACUCGGCAUGCGAGUACAGCGACAGCGACUAGCAGCGACAAAAAACAGGCCUAAUGGCCUAUGAUCAUGCACGUGUCAUCGUUUUGCCAUCGACGUUAAACUGACGAUCACGACUGACAACAGACAAAAUGCUGUAUCCAAGAAGACAUCUGACGUUCAUCGUCCGCUCGCAACUACGUUUGUUACGAUGCGAAACGACGAUGAAUUGUCUGCGGGAGAUGCAACGCGGAGGUUAUGUUCUCGGACACAUGCAUCUUCGGCACGCUAGUUUGAGACCUGAAAUUCACAUUGCAACGUGCAGCAGGACGUACGGUACGACAGUCCUACAGUCGUCGGCGUCCGAUGUUGAUCAUAAAUUGAUGUCAUUUUGCGACAAUGUUAAAGAGGGUCGAAUUUCGGCAGACGGUCUGAAAGAGGUUAUCGACUUAUGUAACAAGAACAAUUAUCAGUUACCUCACGAUACCGGCGUUUUAUUGCUCAAAUGCUGCGGCAAUCUGCUGUCAGACUUGAACACGGUCGACAGAAUAUAUCUGGCAGACCAGGUAUGGCAUUUAAUAAAGAAGAAUGGUGGAACACUGACGGUGGAGCAUUACAAUACUCUACUUAGUGUUAACAAGGAUAACUUUAGACCUACAGAUCCUAAAAAGUUCUUAGUGAAUAUGAGUGUGGAACCAGAUGAGAAUACCUAUCGCUUGCUGUUAAAUGCAGCUACAAAGGUGGGCAACAGUGAGUAUCUGUUGGAUAUCUUAUCCAUGAUAAAGGAUAAGAAUGUAGUCAUUUAUGAGGAAGCAAUCAACGCGUUGAUAGAAAUUUGCGUGACUAAUAAUAAUAUUACUGAGGUCAAACAAAUGAUAACGCAGAUGCGGGAGGCUAAAUUGUCGACAGCCAAAGCAUAUAUGGAACUGGCAUGUGGUUAUGCAAAACUUGGCGAUAUUCCGAAUUUGGUCAUGAUAUUGAACGAAGAACCACAGGAUAACACAAACCUUUUGAAAAUAAUAAAGGUUCUGAGCAUGUCCAAUAAUAGUAGACAUAUUCCAGUUGUCUUAAAUUUUUUAAUAACCUCAGUACCAACGCUCGAGUCUGAAAUUUCCAAGAUGAUAGCAGAAUUGAUACGCGCUGAUCGAAUUACAGAAGGUAAUGCUAUUAUAAAUUGCCUUGCGUUAAACGAAGCGACCAAAGAUAUGGUGCGGAAUGUUGUAAAUAGCUUUAUGACCCAAUUAGUAUUGUUAAACUCGCCAGUUAAUGAUAUCAUUAAAUAUGCGAAUGACUUUGUCGAAUCCGACUGCAACCAACAAGCGUUAAUCGACGUAGCAGAGAUCGGUUUGAAACUGGGUAGAGAGAAAUUAUGCUUUGCGAUAUUCGAAGCAAUGAGAAAUAAGAAUAUAGAGUUACGACCGCAUUAUUAUUGGCCUUUACUGAUAAGAGCAUAUCAUAACAAGGGAGAGUCUGAAAUAUAUUCACUCAUCAAGUCUAUGAUGUAUGCGGGAGUAGAGAUAGAUUCUGAUACGAUGCUUUAUUACGUAUUUCCAUACGUAAAUACCGCGAAUCCAAUUGUUACACUGAAUAGAUUGUUAUUGAACAAUGUACCGGCUACUUUCUCGUGUAUGCCUCUAUUACAUUAUCUGCUGCAACAGAAUCGAUUACGAGAUAUUACACCACUAUAUACGUACCCUGUAUAUUAUAAGGUAUAUUACAAAGAAUUGAUAAAACCACUGGUAUGUGCCUAUCUCGCCACUAAAGACGCCGAAAAUUGUGCAAUAUUACUAACGGCAUUACCGCAAGGUCAAGAUUUUAUUGGUUUGUUUUUAAGAUUGCUGGUAAACGUUAAAUAUCCGACUUACACGGUAGAGCAUUUACAGCUUCUUAUUAAAGAAUUUAAAAAGCGUGAAGCAAAGAUAUCUUUAGAGGACGCAAUUAUUCUUAAGAAGGAACUGCAAAUGAAAACUUUUAAUCUUACGCUAGAUAUAGAGAACCUAAUAGAUGGUCUGGUUGAUUCUUCUAUCAAAAUUUCGGAUAGCAUGCUCAUAACACUUCCGAAAUACUUGAACACUAAAGAAUUAACAUAUUAUCUAGUGGAGUUAAAGAACAAAAAAUUCUCUACUAAAGGAGUUCUGCAGAGAUUACUGUUUACAUAUUGUAACGAGCAUAAUUUAAAGAAGGUCAAAGAGAUAAAACGGGAAUACGACGCGUGCCAAUAUGAGUGGACACCUAACAUGAAGUCAUCCUUAUUUGAAUUGUAUCUUUGGCAAAAUAUGUUAGAGGAGGCCGAGACAUUGUUAUCCGAUUUACAGAACAUGCCCGAUAAAUUUCAGUUAGACAGGAUCAAAAUCGUGAUGUAUGCUACCAUGUUGGUGAAGACGAAUAAUCCUGCAAAGGCAUUUAACGUUAUUGAAAGUUUUGACAUCUCCGAUACUAGAGUAGAUGCUCAGGCACAGUGUUGUACGCUUCUAGAAGUGCUGGCACAGAGUCGGUAUCAUGCGCUCACAGCGGACAUGUUAAACCUUCUCUUAAAGAAGAAUUACUGUCAAAUUACCGCGAACUUGUUGAAACCGUUGGUGACGAUACCCUUGGAACGUGACAACAUUAAGGACGCGAUAGAUGUGGUCGCAAAAUGCGUAGAAGAGUAUCAUAUGGUACCGUUGGCAUUCGAAUUACUGACAAUGUUGUUGGAGCAGAAGUACAGCUCAAAAUUGCAGAACACAAAUGAAUAUAUAGAGCUAGUGUACAAUGCAGUAGUUACCACUACUUCCAUCGCAGUAGCGAAUACCUUGCUGGCGAUAGCAUUAGCAACGUUGAAUAAGACAGAGAAAGUGCAAGCUUUGUUAAAGGAUUACGAACUCUCUACGAACUGUCUUGUACACUACAUCAACACAAAAAGUAAUAAACGUGUUGUGGACGGUUUCCUGAACCUUCUUAAAAUAGCCGAUGUAAAUCAUUUUAAUCAAGAUACGAUAUGCGAAACGCUCCUUGCUGCUUAUAGUAAAGUAGGAGAUUGCCAUCGUGCAUUACAACUUUGGAAAAUUAUGUGCAUGAAAAAUAUCAAACCCAGCGAACAAUUUGAGAAGAAUUUUGUUGCACUUUUAUUGUCAAAUAAAAUUCCGCUUCCUUCAGAGUUCGACUGUAAUAAAAGUAAAAUAAACAUUAGUAAUUAAUAUUAAGAAUAACAACAAUACAUAUAAGAUAACUAUAAUUUAAAAGUAAAGUAGUCAAAUUGGAAUUUGUAAGAGAAAUUUAACAAACUAUAUAAUUUGGAAAAAAAGAUUUUUGACUCUGUGAGAA